AUAACAAAUGUCUUCUAACUACGAUAAUGUGUAGUACUGAGAGGAAUUUGACAUAAGCAUUGUGGGUGCGAUUAAUCAUCGUGAUCUCAUAGUUUCAAGCACUUAAAUGUCACCAAUUGGUUUUUUGUAUUAUUAUUGACAAUCUUGUUCACACAUAGUGUACUGUGAUAUAAAAAGUAUUCAUGCCUUUUUGCUUGGAAAAUUAUACAACUAAUAAAAUGGAGGAAUAUGCUGUAUUAUCAGAUGUGUCCGUAGUAGAUGUUUAUGAUAUUGCUUCAGAAAUAGGAAAGGAAUGCGAGAAAUUAAUAGACUCUUUCGGAGUACAAUCUGUGACCAAUCUUAUGCCAAAGGUGAUACACGCAUUGGAGUUGUUAGAAAAUCUUGCGACCAAAAAUGAACGAGAAAAUACAAUAGUUCAAGAGUUACGAGCAAAGAUUUCCCAUUUGGAAAGUGACAAGAUUGAAAAAGCAGAGGAUAGGCAAAGAUUUGAAAAAGAACUAGAACAAAUUGAGGAACAUUGGAGGCAAGAAUCUCGUGACUUAGUGGGAAUGGUUACAAGAUUACAGGAAGAAAAUAGACGAUUAGCAGAAGCACUUCAAGAAUCACGUAGUGAUAGUCAGUACAGCAGUAAACAAACUUUUACAGCUAGUCAAGAAGUUGAUGUAACGGUAUUACAACAUUUAAGAUCCAUGAUAGAUAAACAAAGAGAACAAAUUCGUGCAAGGGACAAAGAGAUGUUACAGAAGAAUAUGGAAAUAGAAAAUUUAACAGCACAAGUAGAGAAACUCGGAGUUGUAGGGCGAGAAUUGAAACGUAAACAACGUCAAGCGCAAAUGCAGGCCCGUGGUUUAGUUGAAGAAAGAGCCGAUUUCUUGGCUCAGUUGCAAGACCAAAAUCGUGAACUGAUCAGUUUACGAGGCCGUCUUGGUUUAGCGAAAAAAGAAAAUGAAGACUUAAGUAAAUUACCAGGAUGCCCAGAUCUAACAAACAAAGCUGUCUAUGAUCUUGAUGAUCCUGAUAGACCAAGGUUUACUACUGCAGAAUUAAAAGAAAUAUUACAUGAACGUAAUGAACUUAAAGCCAGGGUUUCAGACUUAGAGGAUGAACUAGAACUGUAUCGACCAAAGCCAGAAACUGUUGAAGAAGAUAAAGAUGCUCCAGUUCAAGGACCACUUCCUUAUGAGCCAGAUGAUGCACCUUGGAAGAAAACUUCUGAAUCUGGAAUUCGUAAAUUUUUCCGGAAAAUAUUCUCAGAGUCUAGCAGUAGCUUUUUAGUUGGUAGUAGUCCACGCAGAAGUCUUUCUAGUCUAUCAAAGAUGGCCCUCUCUGGAAAUAGUACAUGCGAUGAGUCUGUAUAAUGGUUUCCUUUAAGCAACGAUUAAGUAACAUUGAACAUUUUACAUGAAUUAGUUGAACAU